UUUUGAAAAGGGAAAUGCGUGAAAUUCGUGCGCCGCAUUUCCACCAGACCAGACCAGAGUUACGCGCCGUAGCCGAGUUUUUCACUCAGUCCCACCAGUCGCCGUCGCGUUACGUCACGAGAGCAGUUGUAGAAUUUAACGCCAAACGGUUAAUAUUGGAGGGAGUUUUCUUGGCUUGAUUUUGUGGAAAACUUCGAGCCGAACCCCCCACCCGCGCUGAGUUUUCCUUGGCACCCAAAAAAACGGAAAAACACAUGUGCUUGUAUUUUAUUUUUCGGCUGCCCAAGUAGACGGCGCGUAGUUUUUCACUUUGACGGGAGUUUUCCUUUCGCUCAUCGACUCACACUCAUUUCUAAUUGUGAUUCGUAGGAAGUAAGUUCUCUAGUGCAAAAUAUAUUCAAAUAAAAUAGUAUAAUUCCAUCUUUAUAAAUCGGAACACAACAAUAAAUACAAUAAAACACCACCAAUAUAUCUAAAAGAGAAAAAUUUUAAAAAAUAUAUAUAAAACAUUAAAAGAAUAUCAACAUAAACAAACCAGCCGCACUCGUGUCGUCCCAUCGUCUUUUGUCUUCUUAUUCAACGUUCGUUAAAAUCACGCAUCGAGAUUGAGUUUUAUAUCUAUGAUAUGCAAGAUAUAUAGAUGAUACGUAAUAGCUUUUGGAAACGGCAACUGCAACUGUAAACUGUGUCCCCACGUAAGACGAAACGUAACGCAGCCUGAGAACAACAACGUAUCGGAACGGAACGGAACCAAUCGGAAGAAAUCUCUCCGGAGGACCCAACAAAUAACGAUUUCGAGAAUCCGCCAGGCAGCACAUCAAACUGUAUACAUGCGUGCUACAACUAAAGCAGUGAAAGCCAAUUCGAUAGCUCCAGCCGCCGCAUAAUCGCCAUCCGAUCCGAUUCGAUUCGAUACGAUCCAACCUCCGACAGCCUAGACCAAAAAUCGCAAUCAAAGCGGAGCCGCUCGAUCCAACGAACGGCAGCGAGUAGAAGUUUUUGGCCGGCGCGCACCCCCAAUCCACAGCAACAGCCUCAAGAUUCUGCCCUUCGGAGCCCCCAACUUUCGUCUGGAGACGACACCUGCAGAGAUGCACAAAAUCGCGGCAGCGCCGCCUCCAACGGCAGCGCCCGGCGGAGGACUGGAGACGCCCCUGGCGGCGCCCAAAUACGGCACAUUAAUACCCAACCGCAUCUUUGUGGGCGGGAUCAGUGGCGAUACCACCGAGGCCGAUCUGACCCGCGUCUUCAGCGCCUACGGCACCGUGAAGAGCACCAAGAUCAUCGUGGAUCGGGCAGGCGUGAGCAAGGGCUAUGGAUUCGUCACCUUCGAAACGGAGCAGGAGGCGCAAAGACUGCAAGCGGAUGGUGAAUGCGUGGUACUACGUGAUCGCAAACUGAACAUUGCACCGGCCAUCAAGAAGCAGCCCAAUCCUCUGCAAUCGAUUGUGGCCACGAACGGAGCUGUCUACUAUACCACCACGCCGCCGGCACCGAUGAGCAAUAUACCCAUGGAUCAGUUCGCAGCCGCUGUAUAUCCGCCAGUUACUGACUUUACAGCCGCUGGAGUGCCAGCCAUCUACCCACCUUCAGCCAUGCAAUAUCAGCCAUUCUAUCAGUACUACAGUGUGCCAAUGAAUGUACCCACCAUUUGGCCUCAGAAUUACCAAGGUUAAAUCCAAAAAAAGAAACAUAAAGUAAACAAAUUUUCGUAGUCGCCAAUUUUUCGUUGAGAGCUGCCCUGAAUAAUAAACUAUACCAACAACUAAAACUACAACUGCAACGACGACAACAACAACAACUAUUUGCGACAACAACUACAACAACAAUAUAUGUAUGCUAUAUAUGCCCCUCAACUCUGAUCGAACUGCAGCAGCAGCCGCACUCUUAGUUUAUAAUUUUAGUUGAUUACGAUUAUGUUAAUAUGCCUAUGAUUUAAUUUAAUUUAUGCUAAGUUUGGAGCUUUAGUUUUGGCCACACACACUAAAAAUAUGUACAUGUAAUGUAAAUUAGUUGAAUGCCAUAGCGAGGGAAAUACUACAUCUAUUUUUUUUAUCUUCGAUUUCUUUCGAUUGGUUAUCCUUUUUUUUCGGUUUUGCUUGCUGUAAAUAGCAGAGAAUGAAUGUAAAUAGUAGUAGUCGGCACAAUCACUUCGCUUAUAUAAAUAUAUAUAAAAAACACCGAUAUAAAACCAUAUAAAUUCCUAGAUAUUUGAAGUUUUUGCCAAUUUUUUCGAUUAUUUUGUAGGAAUUUAUCCAUGUUAACUUUGAGGAUGCAGCAACAGCAACAAUAGUGAUGCUACUACUACUACUACAACAACAACAAACAAACAACAAAAAGCCACAACAACAACAGCAACAAAAGUAAACUACAAAGCAUAAAUAGAAUUUAUAUAAACUCACACACAGAAAAUACGCACCACAGCUGCAAUUUCGGAAAUGUUUAGUCAAAGGAAAUCGUAUUUUGAAGGUAGAAGCUCUGGAAGGACACUCACACACACAAGCACACAAACAUAUAUAUAUACAUAUAUAUACGCAAGGAAACCAUUGCAAAAUGCUGUAAAGUAAGCUGCUUAUGUUAUUAGAGAUGUUGCGAUGUGCGAGUGUGAGUGACGAGUGAUGAGUGAUGGGGGAUAACAUUUUGGUAGAGGAAACAUUUAUGAUGUGCAAUUAGCGGUGGAGCAGGGGAGGGGGAUAGGGGGAGGGGGUGGCUAUAACCAUAGGGAACGUUGACAAAACUGCAGUGUGUGUGUGUGUGUGGUAAGUCAGCAAGUGAAAGACAGAAAAAUAUAUGUAGAGGCAGCUGGAGAGAACUUAAAACCAUAUUUAAACUAUACUAUAUAGGAAACAUCAUGCUAAAUACACACUACUGGAUUAUACAGAAACAGCAAAUGUGAAGAGCACUCACACACACACACACACGUGCAGGACAAACACACACUUAUAUAUAUACUAUAGGGAAUAACUGAGUAAAAUUCAUAACACACAUAUACUAUAUAUGGUAGCUAAGAAAAAGGGCAGCGAUCGAAGAUUAAAGACAUAAUAUUAUGCAUAAAUUAAUUUAUAUACAUAUAUACAAUACAUAUAAAGCGUAAAGUAACUGUAACUCGUAACUGUAACUGUCCUACACAGACACAUACAGCAAUACAAAGCAAAAAGAUGAAUAAGCAAAGGAGACGACAAAGUCAAGCAGCAAAGCAAGCAUACACUAAAUCACACAAUUACAAACACACACACACACGCACACCACCCACGAAUCCUGAGCAGAAAGUCAAGGAUAAUUUAUAAAAAAAAAAUCCCUGAACUCUCCGAUCAGAACUCGUUGAGAAGGAAAAACCUAACUUGUAAGCCAAGCAAAAGAAAACUGAACGAAAUUUUAGUCUAAACGAAAAUACUAAAAGGAGAUAAAGUAAAAAUCAUAAAAACUAGCCACAUAAGCCAAGCAAAAAGUGAACUAAAUACAAAAAAAAAAAAUACAAUAAAGAUAUUCAAAAUAUGCUAGCUAAAAAAAUGCGAAAAACAUACACACAACUCCCGGCCAGUAUAAACGGGAGGCAUAUAUUAGAGAGACUAUUAAAGGAAAGCUAAACUCAAAGCUCUAGCGACAAGGAAAAUAGAUAAAACUCAAGCAAUACAUAGACACUCAUAGGUGUGUGUUACACAAGAAUAUAGUUAAAUAUAUACGAAAAGCAAGCAAACGUAAAAUAAUAUAAUAAUUUAAUAAACUAAUGUACAAGAAAAACCAAGCAAGACGAACUCUGCGAAAAUGUUGAUUUAUCAUUUCUGUUUUUCUACACUCACUUAAGAUUCUGUUGUAUCUAUUGUUAUGAUGAUGGCAUCAAACUAAUCAAAAACACGAACGAGAAAAGCGAGAUGUGUUAACCAAAAUUAUUUAAAGUAAUACAAAACGCGAUGGCCAAACAUUUGCGGGGGCAGCCGGCGACCUGCGAGCGAAUUCCAUUCAAAAUUGGUGCAUAAUUUGGCUGAAAAGAAUACCUUAACGGAAAAUUCGAAAUAAAUAUUUAUAUAUACGUAUAUGCCUUAUUGAACGAAACUAAAUUAUUUGCCCACUAAAUACUGUUAACGUAUUGUGACGAACGUAAUAAACCAACCCAGAGGUUUCAAAAAUACCUGCUAAAACAGAUGUCGCCGAGGUCGCCCCCAUCAAAUUAGUGACUCGCUGCCGCCGCAAAUGGACUUCGCUGUGAAGUUGUUGACAAAUUUUUACUAAAUUGUUAAAUAGUUAAAUACAAAACAUUUUUAAAUCGAAUUGUAACAAUAAUUAGAAAUCACUCUUUGUUGAAACGAAGCAACUCAAAAUGUAAUGAAAUGGAAAGCAAUAAUUCACUUAGGCAUGCUCUAGUUAAAAACUAAAACUGAAAUCAAGUCGAAGAAGCAACAUAGAAACCACCAACCAAGAGUACUUACAUGUAUGUCAGUCAAUAGGGAUUUUAUUUAGUUUGAAAGCAUGGGUUCGAAUUCUGGAGACUCCCAGAGAAUCCAAAUUGCUGGGAGGAAAGUGAGGGACAAAUUUAAGAGACAUUGCCUAAUUUCAAAAUAAGUUUGAUUCACUCUUAACCAGCCAUCCCAGCAAUUUUAUCUUCCGCAGACUAAUCAGAGAAAGAUCAGAUCAUAACUAAUAAAUCCAAGGCAUAACUUAAGUAUAUACGUGAUAUUUUGAAAGCGAAAAUUCAUAAAUAAAUUGUUUAGGUUUAAAACAAUAUUAAAUAUAUUAUACAGAUAUAUACAUAUAUACAUUAUAAAGAUAAUGCCAAGGCAUAAUUAAAAUCAUAACGAUUAAUUAAUUAAAGAAUGAAUGAACAUUUUUGCUGACAAAACAAACAAAACAAAAACCAAAACAAAAGAGUAAAAUGUUUGUAAACUCAAUUUAUUGUACGACUUGAAUGAAGGAGAGCGAAAAGAAGUUCUUAAGUUUUUACUGAACAGCAGAAAAGAGCAGAGCGCAGAUUGUCCCAUCGUAAAAAUCUAUUUAGUUUAUAUAUAGUGAAUAUUUAUAUUAUAUAUACAUAUAUUAAAUGAACAAAUGGCAAGUAACAAACAAACCAACAAAAAAGAAAUAGUAAUUAGACAAAAGUAAAAGGAAAGUGAAAAAUUAUAUAUAUACAAUACAUAUAUAUCAUAGCGCAAAGAAUAAUAUAUAUUUUAAUGAAGGAACAUCAACUGAUUAAGUGCAGCUCAACUAAGAGCACAAAAUGUUUUUAGACUAAGUACCUACCUACCUAAAUGAAUUCAGCAAUUACAUAAUAUACAAGAGAUAGACGAGAACGCUGAAAAGGCGCAGGCCCAGAAGGGAGAUCAAUUUCUACUUCUAUGGAGUCUAAUUUGUAUAAUUAUAUAUACGUGCAUAUUACGAGGAUAAUGCCCCAUGAUCAUCACAAAAAGUAAACAAAAACGAAGCAUAUUUAACCACAUACACACCUACACACACUAUACUACCUAUAAAUAUAGAAAUGAGAAAGAAGAAAAGAACGCAUAAAUAGCAAUAACAAUAAAGCAACAGCUACUUAAUAAUUUUAGCAAAAUGCAAAACACAAAAAUACGAGAUGAAAAAAAUAUGAAUAGCAAAUUAUUUGGUUUACCUUUAUUUA